GGGGGUUUCAUUUCACCUUAAGCGUUUUCACUUUAGACCAUAUAUAUUUAAACCUUGCAUCGGACCUCCCACUCCCAAAUUUUCAGUAAGCAGAAUGGCUUUAACCAUUGCUUUAACUGUGGGUGAGUCGUCGGACACGUAGUCCGUGUGGUAUUAGAGUUUACCCCUUCCACUACAAGGCAGUCUACAUAAAUACAGAGAUGAACCUGCUCAUCUCUGAUAAAUAUAUGGUCUAAAAUCUGAUUGGGUUCAAAUACCAUCGGCCCACGUGGUUCAUGUGGUAUUCGAGAUUUCCCCUUCCAUUACUAUGCGAGGUCUAGGUAUCUAUGGUCUAAAGUUUCCACCGUAUGUAAGCUAUCAUUACGCUUGUAUGUAAAGUUAGCUUUAAGUUUACAUAGGUGAUUCAUAUAAAGCUAGCCUAAAGUCGCCGUUUUACUGUAGGAAAGCGGCUUCCUAAUCUCAAUUACGUAUUAUUCGGGUUAACCUCUUUUGAGGAAAGUUUGUUGACAGCUGUCAGGUAGGGGUAGUAUGGUGUUAAGUUCAGGGCUUUAUCGUAAUGAAAAAUUGAUGUUCCCCUUGUUUGUUCACGAAUGACUGUGACUUCAAACUAAACGCAAGUAGAUUAUUCGCUCUGAACUGACCCGAAAUUUCCAAAACUUGUGAAGGAUGACAAUGGGCGAUGAGACUCCAGUUACAUCACUCGUCCUUCCAGUAAUAUUACGUCCGAUAUUAGCGAAGUUGGAAAGACAAAAUGUUGUAGCUGCACAAACUUUGCGCUCAGCCCUAUCAAAGGCUGAAAGCACUUAUCCUGGAAUUACCCAUGAUCUCGUAUUAGGGAUUGUGCGAAGAGCAGAUCUCAAUCUUGAUAUGAACGAAAGUGUAUUGCGCUUACAGGGUAAUGCAUUCGAUAGCGACGUCGUAGAAUAUCGUUCUGCUCGAUCCGAAGAUGCAUUUCAGGAACUUAAUCGAAAGUCUGCUUCACUAAAGAGAAUAUUAAGUAGAAUUCCAGAUGAAAUAACGGAUCGUAAAACAUUCUUAGAGACUAUAAAGGAAAUUGCAAGUGCUAUUAAAAAACUCUUAGAUGCUGUAAACGAAGUUACAGGAUUUAUCCCAGGUUCUGCAGGGAAACAAGCAUUAGAUCAGCGCAAAAGGGAAUUUGUCAAAUAUAGCAAACGAUUUAGUAAUACUCUAAAGGAGUACUUCAAAGAAGGGCAAGCAAAUGCGGUAUUUGUAAGUGCUUUAUAUUUGAUUCAUCAAACAAACAUGAUCAUGGUCACCGUAAAAGAUAAAUGUGAAUAGCUAAGAAUUACAAAAAUAAAUAUAAAUAACAAGUGCUACAUUGGUAUUGAUUAUCAAGAAUAUUUUUAAUGGUAAUAAGUCCUAACAGGAUCGCCCAUGCGGAACGAACUGCUUCCAUAUUUUAUAUUGGAAACUUCCACGAACAUCUGGAGAAUUCAUAUGCAAAUUCAAUGUUAUACUGAAAUCAUAUUAUCUUUAUUAUUGUAUACAUUGUAUAAGUCUUAUUAGAAAGAAUGAUAAAAAAUUACUGUAAGUAGUGAACUGUACAAAAUGAAAGGAACGGGAAAUUUAAAUACAGCUGUUGUUUCCUCUUUUAAUAGAAGAAAAUUCUCAAUGUGUGAUCAUUGAUUACUUGUUAAAAUGAUAGCAUUUAAAACAAUCUAAGUAUGUUAUCGAUCAUCUUAAUAUAGCGGCAACUUGCAAUGUUUUUCAAUAGACUGUAUACGAAAUGUAAAGUAAUCCCAACAUAUUUAAUUAUAAUCAGAAGAAAUAAAAAUAAUGUUAAUCACUUUUUUUA